AUGGAUUUGCCACCCUCUAUAGCUUGUUCGUGUACCGGAGGACGGAGCUUUAGGCAUAGUAACAAACAACCCAGUUACACAAAGCUGAAUGGCGCAAAGUGCGAGAAUACGCCGGCGCAAGGCCACACGAUGUUCCAGCUAGAACUCAGCGGGCCACUCAGAGACAAGCUCUUGCAGGCAGGUGGCGGAGCGGCAGCGGCGGAGGUCAAGGUCGCGGCGGCACGGGGAUGGGUGACUUUCGGCAGCCUGGUCGUGCUCUGUGAGCGUGGAGCAGCAACAGCGAGAGAGACGCAGGCGCUGCUGGGGUCGCUGCAGCUGCGGCCGCGCGCCGCACGUAGUAGUAAUUAUAGCGAUGAGUUCCGCGCGCAGCAGCAGCGCCUGCGCGCAGCAGCAGCGGAGGAUGAGUACCGCGCGCUCACGGGCGGCAUGCAGCAGGAGCAGCAGCGCCACGGGUUCGGGUCGGCGGCGCGGGAGGUGCGCGAGCAGCUGGCGGCCGUGGCGAACGUGGUGCUGACGGUGGUCGGCGUGGCGUACGGCGUGUGGUGGGUGGCGCGGGCGGCGGGGGUGGGGGCCGAGGCGCGGGUGCUGCUGGCGCUAGGGUGCGGGCUGACGGCGCUGGUGGCGGACGUGGCGAUGUACAAUGUGUACCACCGUAAGGUGGGCGAGGCGCGGCGGCGGGAGCGGCGGCUGCACGAGCAGCGACGCGUAGUUACGAGCUAG